AGUUAUAACGAGAAGAAUAUUCAAUACAAGACCUCAUGGAAGACAUGUGAGAAGAUAUACCACAGGAAUUGUGUUGUUUACUCUCAAUGUUUGCACAUUUUUGGCAAUUUGUCUCUCGAAGAAUGGAUGUAUCGCAACAUGUGUUUGAAGGGAAGCGCUGGAGUGAUGUUGAUGUGGAGGAAUGGGCCGUCAGUUGUGGUGGGAAGACAUCAGAACCCAUGGCUGGAGACACGUGUGUCUGAGUGUGAGGGGCGGGCAGUGUGUGUCAGUCGGCGAAACAGUGGCGGCGGAACUGUUUAUCACGAUCUAAAUAACCUCAACAUUAGUUUCAUUUCUCACAAAACACUUUAUAAUCGGUUCAAAAAUUUAGUUUUGUUAAAUAAGUUUAACAUUGAUUUGGAAAUCACUGAAAGAGAGGAUUUAGUGUUACGUCAAAGUGGACACAAGAUAUCGGGCACUGCCAGCAAAGUUGGCGCUCAUAACUCUUACCAUCACUUGACUCUUCUCAUUGAUGUCGAUAUGAAUCAAAUGAAACAAUUGAUUGCUAAACCAUCGGUCAGUGCAAUGGCUUUCAUCACAAGUAAAGCGACCGAAAGUAUUCGCUCAAAGACUGCAAACCUUAAGUCCGUUAAUAAAGACAUUGAAUUGGAAGAUGUGGUCAAUGAGAUGGCCAUUGAAUUCUGUAGACUUCAUCACUUCCAGGGAAAAGACGUGAGUUCUGGUUAUAUGCAACUAAUGGCUGACGAAACAAACUUUAUUGGCCUCAAAGACAUUGAGAGUACAUUCAGGAGUUGGCAAUGGAUUUAUGGAAAGACUCCCAGAUUUACAGUUACUAAACAAUUUGUUUGGAAAGGCAUUGCUUUUAGUGUUGAACUACAG